AUGGUAGUAUUAUUGCCAAUAAUUCGGCUAUAUCAUACUGAAAACGGUCAUAUCUGUCCUAGAUAUGUGAGGUGGCGUGUAUCGAAGCACUAUGAUAUCCCUGGUCUGACUCAUCGCACUAACGUGGUUUGUCGCAAGUGCUCUGUGUGUCAAGCAUCAGCGAUAAAAAGGGUUUUUAGUGAGUAUGGAGGACACUUGGAUCUUUCGGCUCGUGCUGUCUGGAGACACGUUAGCACUGAUCCAGCUGGUCCCUUGCCUAUAAGUAAACCUCACCGGUAUCAGUAUGCUCUCAUUGUGAUUGAUGAUUAUUCGGAGUUCACCUUUUGGAGAGGGUUAAGAACCGCUACUAGUGCUGAGACUACGAGCUGUUUGGUGAAUCUAUUCGACGAGACUGGUAUUCCCCGGAGACUCCGUUGUGAUAAUGGUCCUUCGUAUAGGAGUCGGCUCUUCCGUAGUCAUAUGGAUAAGCUCGGAGUGGUGGUAUCACAAACUAAUGGGUUUGCCCCCUGGAGCAACGGGUUGGCUGAACGAGGUGUGUCCAGUUUGAAGUCUUUGUACCGUCGAAUGCUGGCUGGUGGCACUAGAUCUGAUCAGUGGGAAUAUCUUUUAUCUCGUGCUAUUCGUAAGUCUAACACUAAGAUGCUACCUGGUGGUGUCUCGCCUUUCCAGUUGUUCUAUGGUCGAGAAUACUUCGAAUAA